AUGGAGGUGGUUCUCGGUGAACCACUGCCACCGCCAGACUUGCGCAAGCCGACAACGCUGCCACCCGCCGCGUCGGACGAGCUGCGCCUCGAGAACAAGAUCUUGAAGCUCAUGGCGACCAUCAACGCUCUCUGGGCCGGUGUCAACGCGCUCUCGUCCGACGAGUCGGCGCUCGCAGAGGCCAAGACAAAGCUCGAGGAGGAGACGGCGAACCUCAUGGCGCUGUAG